AUAUUCGUAAAUUUAUCAUUACUGGCGGAAUUGUAUGAGGGUGUGGAUGGGGGUUUACAGAAUAGAGAAUAAUGGGCAAAAAUAUAAAGAAGAGAGAAUAAUGGGCAAAAAUUAUGAAUCAUAGAGAAAAAUGGCCUAAAAAAUUAAAGAAUACAGAAAUGCGGAACCCCAUCCAGACUCUUGUAUAUGAAUCGAAGAUAUAAAUUUCUAAAUGUGCAAACUUUGAUUCAUCCGCAAGGACUGCAUGUUUUGUGUACGCUAAUAUUUUUGAAAAACUAAAGAUAUAAAUAAACAAAUAGAUAACUAAAUAGUCUAUUUACUAAUUACCAAUUUGAUUUUGUAAUUACACACUUUUAACGCAAGUUGUGUCCCUUUGCUUUUUCGACUGGUUCCAUACUGGACAAAAUGGGCACUGCCCAUGCAAAUCAUAAUUGAAAGUGAUAAUUAGACGUUCAACCAAAUUUUGAUAAAAAACUAUUGAUAUCAAAAGUUUUCAUCUUAACAAAAGAUUAAGUGGAAUGAAAAGUUUUGAAAAACUUAAAGAUUACACACAUUACGCACAGAUAAAUUUGGUCUGCCCGCUAGCUGUUAAUAAAAUGUAUGUCCUUUCUAGGGAAAGCAUCUUGAUUUACAGGGUCAAUUAUGGAAUUGAUAAAAAGACUAUUGAUUAAGUCAUGUCUUAAGUUAGUUUCUGCUAAUCUUUAAUUUAUUUUACAUUCUACACAAAGUAUGCAAUCCUUAAUGGCACUAAUCAUGCGCAAACCCCUUUGUUUGAUAGGUUCAAUUCGACAAAGGGGUUUCUACCAAAUCAACUACAAAUGGGAACUUUAGAUUAAAUUCAGAUCAUUUUUGAGCUUCAUUUUACAGAACAUUUUCAGAGAUUGGGUUGAUUCUUUUGUCAAACUUAGCAUAAAGUUCACAUUUUAUAUAACACCCAUAAUAUCUUGUACUGACAUUUCUUUUUCAGGUUAAAACGAAUUCUAAAUUUAUAUCUACAAUGAUAUUGAUAGGUUAAAAGCCAUAUCAAAAUAAAAUCGUUCCAAGCCAUUUUUAUUCUUUGACAUCCUUUGAACUAAAAAUAUGCUAUUACAAUAAUCUACUGGUUCAACAUUGAACUAGACCAGGUUAAGACUAAAUGUCAGAAACGAAACGCGCAUUUGAGACCAUUUGGACCUUCUGGACACAUCAAUUAAUCAAUUUUAUGUUCGGUUCUGUUUUAUCUUUCGGAACAAUCGAAGCGAUUGACAAAUUAUCACCAAAAAAUUAUUAGUUAAGAAGAAAACUUUCUGAUAAGCACUAAAAAAAUCUAUGAUGACAAUGUGACGUGAAAAUAAUCCUUUAAACUGAAUUGACACAAAUUUGUCCGAGCACGAUACUAUCGGACUUGGUUUGGCCUUAUCACGUGGUUAAACAAUUAAUGGCAAAAGAAUCUUUAUUUCCAUAUGAUCAUGUAUUUUUUCAGAUACUACAACAGAGGAACCGACAACUACCGAAAUCGAAACGACAACUACAGUAAAACAAUUAACAACUACAGUAAAACAAUCACCAACUACAGUACAACCAUCACCAUGUCUUGAUAAUGUUGAGGGAGUCAAUAGAACAGACGCUACACUUGAUGAAAAAUGUGGUGCAUACAGUGGAACCGCCAAAUGUAUAGUACCAAACAGUGCCUGUACUAAAAUUGAUAGUAAUUGGAUAUGUAGAUGUGCACAGGGAUAUGCAAAAAAGAGUGGAUUGUGUACACAAUUACCCAGUGAAUUAUUUCUAUCAAAACAAUCAUCGCUUAGUCUUACUGACAGUAGCAAACCGGGUCAUGAAGUUACUAAAAUAGAUUUCACAGAAGUACAAGGUCUUUAUAAAACAAAGCCUGAAGCUGAAAUAAUGGGAACAGAUUCUGAUGUUUUUACAGUCAAAACUGUAAACACGGAGAUGGUUACCAUUGCAUUGAACAACAAAUUGACGAAACCGAAGUAUGACAUUUUUGUGGUAGUGUCUGUUACAGCUGAUGGUAUCGUGAUACGCGAUUUCAGACAUAUAGCAAUAACAGUUAAUAAAGACAGUGUUAUUAGGAAAGAAAUAUUUAUAAUGGAUGGAACACUGAAAGACAGUGUGGUUGGCCGGGUUUGCCAGUCGUGCUUAUUAUUUGAAAACAUGACACAAAUAGAUCGUGAUAAUAUUGUAUCGGUAGAGAACGAUGGCAUUAUCAUAACAUCAAAAACUAUCGAUCUAAAUAAUAUCCAAGGUUCCACAACAAUAGCAUAUUCAACAUAUGUCGAAAUUCAACAACAAUUUACUUCUGUUACCGUAGCUAAUAUAACAAUUCAUAUCAUACGUGCUAAGUUUGAAUGUGUGUUACCCGAAGACAGUGUUGCAAAUACAGUUGUCGGUAACCUGAACUUAAAUAAUCCAUUUUCAAUUGAUUCUGAAUUUCAAAUGAGUGGAAUGUCAUUGACUCUUGGGUCUGUCGUUUUAGAUUAUAUCGAGCAAAUUGAAGUUAUGAAAUCACUCGAGAUAACAAUUAGUGGCCAUACAUUUGACACUACAAUAAUGAUAAAUGUACAAGAUGUUAAUGACAAAAGUCCAAUAUUUUUAGCCAAACCGUAUAAUUUUUUUACAUUAGAGUCGGCAUACCCCGGGUUGAUAGUCGGCGUUGUUUCAGCAACUGACCCCGAUACGAAUUCCGUUUUGACAUUUAGUAUCAUUCCAAACGAUAAAUUAUUGAUCAAUGAAUACGGUAUCAUAUCGAUACAAAGUGGAUUUGGCGUCAACGCAACUAGUUAUAAUGCCACUGUUACAGUAACUGAUGGGUUGCAUCCUGUAACUGAAUAUGUGACUGUUGACAUUGAACAGGCGACAACCAAUAAUCUCCAAAAUAGAUUUGUAGGACAGAUUUCUGAAAAUGUAAACAGUCAAGUAAUAACGAAAGUUAAUAUAACAGGUUACACAAACUAUGAGUUCACAGAUAGAUCAGCUCAUCUUGAUUUUAGUAUUGAUUCUAAAACGGGAGAAGUUAAAAACGCAAGAGCCUUUGACAGGGAAAAGGAAACCGAAAGGGAGUUCAAAUAUACAAUUGUAGCAAACGAAGAAGGUGAACUGAAAUGUUCAUUAGUGGUGAUAGGAGAGAUAACUAUUACCGUGACAGAUCAAAAUGACGAGCCACCUGAAUUUAACAGCCAUUCGUAUACUGCCACGGUUAUGGAGAACGCCCUUGAAAAAUUGAUGGUUGUUCCUGAAAUAUCUACGACUGAUAAAGAUUUAAAUCCUACAGUUACCUAUAGCAUUUCAACAUAUACUAACAAAUUCGCCAUUGAUUCAUCCACUGGUACUAUCAGAACAAUAUCUCAAAUCGACAGAGAAUAUAACAAGUCUUUAACUGUUGGAGUUGUUGCAACCGAUGGCGUUAAUUCUGUAACGACUACAGUUACUGUCAAAAUACUGGAUGCCAAUGACAAUAAUCCCCAAUUCGAUUCUGGCCAAAACAGUGUUUCAGUUUCUGAAAAUUCUUCAAUUGGAGCACAUGUUACAACUAUACUUGCAAAUGACGCUGAUGACGGGAAAAAUGCAGAUAUAACUUUUGACCUCGUCAGUAAUGGUGGUCCUUUUAGAAUUAAUCAAACAGCUGGAGAAAUUACUGUCACUGGGAAACUAGACCGUGAAUCUUCCGAAUCACAUCGAGUGAUUAUAUAUGCACGAGAUAAUGGUAAACAAAUAAGAUCAAGUUCAAUGUCAGUUACAAUAACUGUACUUGAUGCAAACGACAACCCACCAGUGUUUACUAUAGACGAAAUUGAAGUUGAAUUUGAAGAAAAUAAAAAUUGUUCUAACCGAAUAUCAACUAUAAGUGCCACUGAUGCAGACAAAUCUGGUUCUAUUAACAGCCAGAUAACUUAUUCUUUGUUAAGUGGAAAUGGAAUGCACCAUUUUAUCUUGGAUCCAUCUGGUAUACUAAAAUGUAAUAAAACCCUCAACUACGAAGAGCAAUCCUCAUACCAAAUUACAGUUAAAGCUCAAGAUAAUGGUUCUCCUCCAUUAAGUUCAACACAAUCUGUUAUUAUCAAUCUUAGAGAUGUCAAUGACAACGUCCCAAUCUUCGAAUCUCCUCCAACUACGAUAACUAUCAGAUAUUUCUCAGCAACAGAACGUGUUAUUGAGGUCUUUAAAGCGACUGAUAAGGACUCUGGAGAAAAUGGUAGAGUGACUUACAGUAUCAGUGGUACUGCAGCGAGUUUCUUGAGUAUUGACCCUAGUAAUGGUAUUUUACGUACAAAAAGUUCUAUUAAUAUAAACAAUAAUAACUAUACUUUACAAGUUAUAGCAAGGGAUAACGGUAAUCCUAUGAAACAGAGGAGUACUUCAGUGAGAGUUACAGUAGUUAAAAAAGGCACAAAUCAACCAAUUCAAUUCACACAGCAAGAAAUAAACAUGACAGUAAAGGAAAAUCGCCAAAUCAACUCUCCUUUAGAAAGUGUUUCAUCAAAAGUCACGAAUACAGCUAGUGUAACUUUAAACUAUGAGAUUAUUGAUAGCAGUUCAGACUUGGCAUUUGAUGUAAAUCCAACAUCUGGUAUGGUAACCUUAUCGAAACCCGUUGACAGGGAAAAAAACGACAUUCAUGAAUUUGUUGUUCGUGUGAAAAACCAGGCAGAUAAUAAAGAGAGCGAUCUUGCCUUAGUGAGGGUCCGAAUAGAAGACGAAAAUGAUAACAAGCCGACAUUUUUUAGGUCAGCUUAUUUCUUUAAAGUGUACGAAAAUAGAGCAAUCACCACUGUAGUAGAUCCACAAAUCAUAAAAAUACUAGCAAGAGAUGUUGACAUAGGCGAUAAUGCUAUAAUUGAAUUUCAAUUAUCUGGAGAAGGUCUUUAUAAAGAAUGCAGUUCCGCAUUCAGUCUUGAAAACGCUGGAGAGAAUGCACAAUCUAUAAAACUUUCAAAGAAAGUAGAUUAUGAAGUUUUAAAGAAGUGUGUAUUCAGUAUUGAGGCAUAUAAUCCAAAUAAUAGGACGAUGAGUACUUCCGUUUAUGUGACAGUUGACAUUUUGGAUUAUAAUGACAACCCACCAGAAUUUACUGAACAGUCUUCAAACAAUGUAUUUACAGUUCAUCUUCUUGAGGAUACAACCAUCAACGAUCGUCAAAAUUUUGGUACCGUAAAGGAUGAUGACUCUGGGGCGAAUGGAGACAUACAUUUGACUGUACUUAAUGAUGAUUGUUGGGUUACUGUAACAAAAGACGCAGAACAGCUGAUUUUGCAGGUUAAGGAGAAUGCAAACCUCGAUUAUGAAAGUGGACCGAGACUAAAAGAUUGUAUUAUAAAAGCUACCGACAAGGGCACUCCUAGCUUGAGUUCAACAGUAACACUGAGUAUGAUUCUAGUAGAUGUAAAUGAUAAUCGACCUGUUAUAGCUAACCCUAACAUAAAUACAAGUGUGUCCCGUGAUGCUGACGUUGGAAACACGACAAUUGUAAAUGAAAUACCAGCUACUGAUGCAGAUUCGGGUGAAAACGGCAAGUUAGGUUAUAGAAUACAGGCAUCGGAACAUUCAUCAAAAUUUACCAUUGAUGCAGAUACAGGGAAAAUUACUUUAAACUCGCCUUUAUUAACCGUUCAGAAAGAUAAAAUGUCGAUUGCAGUAAUCGUUUCCGACAAAGGUGAUCCUCCAUUGUCAACAACAGCAAUGGUUUCAAUCCACAUACUUGAUGAAAAUCCACGGCCUUAUUUUGCACAAUCAGAAACAGUUAACGUCACAGAGCAUGCUCCAAAACCAAAUGGCAACCUAGGUAUAGUAGAAGCAUAUGAUAGAAGCGGUGAUCAAAUUAUUAAAUGUGAUUGUACAUAUUUACUCGACACUAAACGAGAGGACAUCAUUAUAGAAAGCAAUACAGGAACUAUCAAAUUUAAGAAUAGUAAUUAUGCUCUCGAUCGGGAAAGCGAACCUUACGGAAAAGUGACCAUUGGAGUUAUAGCAACUGACAAAGGUUUGCCGCCAAAGAAUUCCAAGACAAUGCCAUUUACAAUAAAUAUACUCGAUAUUAAUGAUCACAGUCCAACAUUCAAAGAUGAUUAUUCCUUUAAAAUACCUCAGAAUGCACCUGAAGGUACUACCAUAGGAACAGUGACUGCAUACGAUAUUGACGAAGAUCCUCAAACACUUUAUAACAUCAGCAUAAGUAACAAUGGGGGCUUUAAUGAAACUGUGGUUACCAUAGGGAAUAGGACAGGGAAAAUAACUACAUCAGGAAACUUAACCUUACGUAGUGGCCAAAAAGGUGAAAUAGAGGGCAAGGUUUUUGCGGUAGAUGGGAAAGAUCCUACUAAAUCACCAAGCCGUGUCGGAAUCAAAAUAAAAGUGGAAUUUGAUUCCAACAACAAGCAUGCACCUGUAUUUCAAAAUACUCCAUAUGAAACUGCAAUUACUUGGAACUUAGCAGCUGGUUCCCCAAUAACUAAAGUCAAUGCAACCGAUGCUGAUACAGGAAGAAGUGGCAACGUUACAUACUCCAUUAUAGAGAAUAGCAAAAGAGAGUUUUUCACAGUUAAUAAUAAAGACGGUGUGAUAUCAUUAGCAUACCAGUUGGAUUCUUCAAUAGGGGACACUGAUAAAGUUAAACUUUACUUGACAAUAAAAGCUCAAGACAAUGGUAUUGUUCCAAAAAGCAGUACAACCACAGUAACAUUACAAGUUACUGGUCAGAAUCCCGGAGUUUGUAUACAAGGUGCAGAACAUUCUAAAGAAACGCAAGAAUUGGAAGACGAACGGGCAACUUGGACCAUUGCUGUUUAUGUACUUGUUGGGCUUCUUUGUGUAUUCAUUGUACUAUCAUUCUUUUUUGUGUACAAAUGGCGAACAUCUUCUCCUGUAAUAAGUACACCGGCAGAAAGAAACAAGCAGACAUAUUUUGAUAAUAUGGAAUAUGACGAACUUGAAAAAAGAAAAACAGUAGAAUAUUCUCAAUCAAAUCAAGCUUUUGAACCUCCAAGAAAAGAUAUCGACUUUACAGAACAAGAUCCUUAUCAAAAACCUUAUGCACAAGCAGGAGGAGCAAGUUUCAAGACGUCACCUUACGAUGAACCUAUACCAGAUUUAAAAGCAAUGUCAAAUGAACCUAAACCAGACUAUCCUGUUUAUGAUUGGGAAACAAAAGCAACUAAAGUUCUACCACCCGUAGUACCAUCAUCAUAUGGAUCAUCAUCAUGAUACUGCUUAUCCAAUAACUAAAAUGAGAUUAAAUUAUCGUAUCAAACUAUCUGAUAGACCAGGAUAAGGGACAUAACUCUUGACCAUCACCGAUGCGUUUGUGUAAACCAUGUUUAAAGAUAUAUUCUAUGCUUUUUGGUAACACAGAUUAUUUUAAUUCAUAACAGAACCAAACUUGCAAUAUUGACUUCAUCAUUACUUUAUUUCAUUCUAUUAUCUAUUUCAAGCAAUAAAAAACAUAUAAAGCUUUAUUCCAAAUACUAUUUUACUGAUUUUAAGCUCAAAUUGGACUAGUAGUAACAUAUAGGUUAUGCAAAGGAAACUGCAUAUGGAUAUUACCAAUGGCCAAUAUGAUUUUUUUAUUCUCAAUGUCAUAAUUCUAUUGGUUAAUUUCUACUAGGAAAGCAGUGUGCUUACUAAUAGUCAUAUAUUUAUCAGAGGUUGUUCAUUUAAUAAAAAAUAAAUUAGUCCAAACCUAAGACAUAAUUGAAAAUAUUGUCCCCCCCUUUUUCUUCAAAUUGGUAAAGGGACAUUUUUGGUAAACACCAUACUUCUGUGGUACAACAUAGAUUAUGAAGAUCAAUUUAUAUACAGUCUGUAUCCCUCAGCUGGAUAACUUGUUAAACUGGUUAAAAAUUGCAUGUGCCGUGAGAUUUUUGAAUUCAUAAAUGAGUAUAUACCAAUUGCCUAAAUUGUAAAUGGCUACCAUAAGAAAACCAAUAAAACUUUGAAAAUCAUAGAAUUAUAUGACCAAAAGCUAUUGUUUUACCAUAAACAAGUCAUAAUAUACAUGUGUUAAUGAUUUCAAUCCCAAAUAAUGCAAAAAUAAGAACUUGGAGUCAAGUUUUAACUGCAUGCAUGCUGUAUGACCAUAAAAGGCUAAAGUACCUUAUUGUGUCAAUUUAAGAGCUGAAAUUUCCAAUAAACAGAAUUGUUCAUCCAAAAAAGUUGAUUAAACAUGAUAACUGACAUCAAAUAAGACUAAUUUUCAUUGGAAUAGGUACAACUACUAAAAUUGAAUUUUUAAAGAUUCUCUGUAAUAGGAAGUACACCACUAAUUCAUGGCUCCAUUGCUCUCUAUGUUAAAUUCCUCAAUUUCAAGCAGGCACAGCUCUUUUGUUUUAAGUUCAAAUAAAGUGACAAUCAGUGCAUUUCAAAGCAACACUUUAUGGUGCCUUGUACUGAAUAAAUCAACAUACCUUUAAUGGCAUAUAAGAAAGAACUGGUUCCCGGAACUGUACCAAAACAGGUACUUCAGAUCUGACAAACAGGCAAACUUUACCCUCAUUUUAAAAUUUCAUGCAAUUUGUUUUUUAUUCAAAAUUUUAAAUCUAAAAGUGUUUUACAAUGAUCACCUGUCAUUCAUCUUUCAUUUGAUACCAAAAUUACCUAAAUGUUCUACAUAUUUUGAAAGUAACACCCAUGCGUAGGAACUAUUUUGUGUUAAAUAUGUACUACUUUCUGGUAUGUGCUUUCUAGCCGGGUCCGAAUUAGUGGUGUUACACCUUCGGGGUCACAAGAAUGCAGAAAACAUCAAUAAUGAAACUGACUUCUACAAACGCAUUAUUGAUCUAAAGAGCUACAUCCCUUAAGCGUGGUUUUCAUCCUCCAUUCCUUCUUCAUAUUGUAUUUUUUUAUUCAUCAUCAUCACAGUAAAUUAGAGUUAGUAUUAUAUAUAUAUAUAUAUGUAUAUUGUACAUACUUUGCAGAUUUAUAUAAUGCACAAUGAUAUUAUUGUUUGAGAUGAUGCCAAUUUUGGUUCUACUUUAUCACAUUUUUCUCUGAUUUCAGAUUGUUAGAAUCAAAUUGGUUAUCGGAUAUUGUAUACUAAUAUAUUUUAUGUAGAAUUUAGCAUCAUAUUUAAUUGCGGGUGUAUAGUAGAAAUGAAAUUGUAGUUAAAUUCAGUAUUAUAUUAUGUUCUUUCUUGAAAAUAAAAUAAUAAUAUGGAUAUUCAAGAA